GGGAGACGAAGAGAAGAAGAAGAUGUCUUCCAGCCGUAAGCAGCAUCUGAAGAGUUUGAUGCUCCAGAUUGCCAAGGCUGAAAUUGAGAAAGAGGAGGCUGAAAGAGCAGCAGAGAAAGUGAGCUACUUGAACGAGAAAUGCCCUCCACUGUCCAUGGGCAGUGGCUUGAAAGAACUGCAGGAUCUAUGCAGAGAGCUCCAUGGAAAGAUUGAUGUUAUUGAUGAGGAGAGAUAUGACAUGGAAGCCAAAGCUAAAAAGAGCACCAAGGAGAUUGAGGACCUGAAACAGAAAGUGUUUGACCUGAAAGGCAAGUUCAAGAAGCCAGUUCUGCGCAAAGUGCGUAUGUCUGCUGACGCUAUGCUGCAGGCUCUGCUGGGCUCCAAGCACAAGGUUUCCAUGGACUUGAGAGCCAACCUGAAACAAGUAAAGAAAGAGGAGAAAGAGAAAGAUAUAUGUGAGGUCGGUGACUGGCGCAAGAACGUUGAAGAUAAGGCUGGCAUGGAAGGCAGGAAGAAGAUGUUUGAGUCUGAGGCUUAAACUGUGCAUCAGCAGCCAUUUUUUGUUUCAAAUACAUUUUAUAUAGGCCGAUAUUGCAUCACCCAUCUUUCAUCCCCCAUAAUUCCUCUCUUCUAAUCUGUUGUUUGCAUAUGGUCGGCAAUCUCUUCAGGCAGACUUUGUGUACUUUAAAAACCAGAGGCUGGCUUUUAAAAUUAUACGUUUGGCUGCUUGUUACCAUGGCUUUGCUCUGUCUGUGCUGUUGCUGUAGUGCUACCACAACAUCCAGCUUUGGAAACAGUUAAAUAUAUUUUGUUUAGAAAUAUAUUUCAUUGCAAAGUUACUUGUGUAAAUAAAUGGUUUAAUGAAAGCUUUCAUUUUCAA